AAAAUGGAUGCACUCAUAGCAAACGUUCAGGAAAGACAUUCCAAAAACGAAAGACACACAGAUAAAAUAAAAUAUAUGUUUAUGUUUAGGUUCCACGUGCUUGACGUUUGACCGUUUCCCUUGUGCGUGAGAAAAGGGGGAGGUGAAGAACCGUUUGAGAAGACACAUCCAGCGCUGAGCGCAAACUAGAUAGGGCUCUCAUUCGCUCCUCUCACACACGACCAGUUUACGCCAUUCAUUCUGCCCUCCCUUGCUCCGGCACACGCUGCAUUCCUACGGUCGUUUUUGCAUAGCGAGCGGCGAUGUUUCUCUGCAGAGCGGCUUGGCAAAAAUAUGGGCCUUUGGCAAGGAAGGUAGCCCAGCAGUUAUCUAGAGAUGUGUUGCCACGGCGACAAAUGUCGUCAGUCCCCGGUGGUACUGGUGAUAACAUCGUCUACGCCCUGCUGUGUGGCGGGGCCUUCGCUGGAGCCAUCGCAUACACAUACAGCACUGUGACCACAGACCACGCCAGAUUCAACGACCGUGUAGCGGAUAUCAACGCUCGUCCCAAGACCGUGUGGUCGCCCAAACCAUGGCCUCCCAAGAGCAGGGAUGAGGAAGAGGAGGGUGAGGAAGCAGCAGCCUGGGGAGGAGAGGAGGAAGCAGAGGAGGCGGUUGAGGAGGGAGGAGAGGAGGAGGAGGCAGCAGCAGAAGAGGCUGGAGAGGAGUCUGCAGUUGAGGAGGCUGUAGCGGCAGAAAACGGAGCAGAACCCGCGGAAGAGGCCUCAGUCGAGGCAGAAGCAGUGUCCGAGGCAGUCUCUGAAGAACCUGCUGUGGAGGCAGCAGCAGUAGAGGCAGAGGUGACACCAGCGGAAGCGGAGACUGUGGUGGAGGAGAUUGCAGAGGGUGUUGCUGAGGUCGCAGAAGAGGUCGUCGAGGUGGCAAAUGAAGUGGAGGCAGCAGCAGAGGAAGUGGCCGUGGAAGAGGCUGCUGAGGAGGUAGUUGCCGUGGCAGAGCCGGAGGAGGAGAUCAACGUGGAACCAGUCAUUCUGGCAGCAGCCUCUGCUUUGGAGGUGACCACAGUCGCUGAAGUGGUCAAAGAAGUGAUUGUGCCUAUUGUAGAAGAAGUCGAAGAGGCCGCCCCAGUGGAGGCCGCCCCAGCUGCAGUGGAGGCCGCCCCAGCUGCAGUGGAGGCCGCCUCAGCUGCAGUGGAGGAGGCCCCAGCUGCAGUGGAGGAGGCCGCAGCUGCAGUGGAGGAGGCCCCAGCUGCAGUGGAGGAGGCAACAGCUGCCCCACUUGAGGCUGCACCCGUAGAAGAGGCCCCAGCUGCAGUGGAGGAGGCCACAGCUGCAGUGGAGGAGGCCACAGCUGCAGUGGAGGAGGCAACAGCUGUGCCACUUGAGGCUGCACCCAUAGAAGAGGCCCCAGCUGCAGUGGAGGAGGCCCCAGCUGCAGUGGAGGAGGUCCCAGCUGCAGUGAAGGAGCCCUCAGCUGCCCCACUUGAAGCUGCACCCAUAGAAGAUGCCCCGGCUGCAGUGGAGGAGGCCCCGGCUACAGUGGAGGAGGCCCCGGCUACAGUGGAGGAGGCCCCGGCUGCAGUGGAGGAGGCCCCGGCUGCAGUGGAGGAGGCCCCGGCUGCAGUGGAGGAGGCUGCAGUGGAGGAGGCCCCAGCUGCCCCACUUGAGGCCACACCUGUAGAAGAGGCCCCAACCGUAGAAGAGGCCCCACCUGAGGUGGAGGAGGCUGCAGUGGAGGAGGUCCCAGCUGCCCCACCCGUAGAAGAGGCCCCACCCGUAGAAGUGGCUGCGGUGGAAGAGGCUGUGAUGGAAGAGGCCCCAGCUGCAGUGGAGGCUGCCCCAGUUGUGGUGGUGGCACCUGUGGAGGCGCCCAAGAAGGAGUACAUUGUAGUAGUGCUGGAGGGAGCAGCCAAGACUGAAAAGAGGCCCAAAGUCCUGGGGGUCGGCCCCAUGACCGGCAGGAUCAUCCCAUCUCCAGAUGAUGAUGAGGCCCCUGCUGCUGAGGUAACAGGGCAAGCGACGGCUGCUUAGGAUGCAGAUGCAGUAGAACCACCUGACAGUAAGCACUUGGAGCCCCUGGAUGAUAUAUAGUUUCUCUACCCUGAGGGAGAAGAGGGGAUGUGCCUUCCCUAACCCCUCCACACACUUUGACCUUUGACCCUUGACCCUUGAUAUUGAAUAUUGAUCUGUAGUAUAAAACUUGUCUUCCCGUCUUGAUCUAGGGAAUUAUCUGUGUAUAUAUUCAGAUAAUGCCUGCUUUAUGGAAAAAUACAUGAUCUGGUAUAUUUUUCUAGAUGUACAACACCCCCCAAAAAUACCCCUCCCCCCAAAAAAGUCCCCCUCCGUCACACCGGGCAAGCUAAAUUAUAAUAAUCUGGGAAUAUUUGGCCAUGUAAACUUUCCUGGUUGACGUCAGGAGAAUGUAACUGUUUGCCAAAGUUACACAAGUUUGCCAAAAUACCUUAGACUAACUAUUGGACUGAAAUAGUUAUAUAUUAACUUACUUUUGUAGCUCUCCAUUAGAAGCUCGCUGGAACUGGGCCCGGCAGAAUUUGACCCAAUGUGAUUGGUUGACGAUAUGACACAUUGGCUCGCUAGCCUAUACCCUACGUUUUGUCGGGCUGGAAUGCAAUCAAUGUCUAUUCUGAUCAAAUGAAUGGGAACUCUAAAUUGAAAUACGCAGUGGUGGAAAAAGUACUACAUUUUAAUACUUGAGUUAAAGUAAAGAUGCCUUAAUAGAAAAUGACUCAAGUAAAAGUGAAAGUCACCCAGUAAAAUACUACUUGAGUAAAAUUAUUUUUUUAAAUGUUUUUAAAUAUAUUUAAGUAUCAAAUAUAAUUGCUAAAAUGUAUCUAAAGUAAAAGUAUAAAUCAUUUCAAAUUCCUUAUUAAGCAAAUCAGACAGCACCAUUUUCGUGAUAUCCAAUUGGAAUUUACAGUCUUGUCCCAUCGCUGCAACUCCCGUACGGCCUCGGGAGAGGCGAAGGUCGAGAGCCAUGCGUCCUCUGAAACAAGACCCUGCCAAGCCGCACUGCUUCUUGACACCGCACUGCUUCUGUAAAACAGCCUGGGAUCGAACCCAGGUCUGUAGUGACGCCUCAAGCACUGCUAUGCAGUGCCUUAGACCGCUGCACCACUUGGGAGGGCCAGACAGCACAAUUUAAAUAAAAUAUUAUAAUAAUUACGGAUAGCCAAGAGCACACUCUAACACCGACAUAAUUUACAAACAAAGCAUUUGUGUUUAGUGAGUCCACCAGAUCUGAGGCAGUAGGGAUGACCACGAAUGUUCUCUUAAUAAGUGCGUGAAUUGGACCAUUUUCCUGCCCUAAGCAUUCAAAAUGAAACACGUACUUUUGGGUGUCAGGGCAAAUGUAUGGUGUAUAAAGUACAAAAAAUAUACUUAAGUAGUACUUUAAAGUAUUUUUACUUAGGUACUUUACACCACUGGAAAAACAGAAGAAAUUAACAUUUUUUGUGACUAAGUCAGGACACCUAAAAAGUGGCUGAAAACGGGACUGUCCCGUGAAAAAACGGGACAUAUGGUCACCCUAACACACAGGGUCAACCUACUAGACUACAAUGUUAAUCACAAUUAACUUUGAACCCCGGUAGGCCUACACAAAUGAACACAUACAGGCUUCAGAUAAGUACAUGUGAUCGAAUAUCUACUUCAAUAGGGUAAAAUAACAAUAGACUACAUCACCAAUACUCAAAUGAUCAUUAUUUUCUCCUUAUAGGGGAGCUCCCCUGUAAUUUGCACCGUGGUCAUGCCCUUGACUAUCCUCCCCAUGCCCUUGUUUACUUCACCUAAGAAACUUCACACUAGAUUCACUCCAAUGGUGUUUCUUGAUUCAUCUUCAUCCAAUGCAAUACUACACAUCUGAUGCUUAGCCACCAAAAGUCAACCACUAAUUGCUUCAGGACUGGGCAGGACAAGGCGUGGUUUUGGUGUGACCAGCAUUCUUUAACUAUCCUCAGGUUUUUCCUCGUUGAGCCGAUUCCAAUGUGAACAUAAGUAUUUAACUCUCAAAGACAUUGUGAUUGGAGACUCUCUAUUUCUGAGUCACUGGCUUGUUUUUGGGAGACGAGACACAGUAGACUACCUCGGUAGUCCUCCUCUUUUCCUCCAGCUGGUGAUCCACAGACCUUUUAUUAAUGCAGUCGGAGUAUUAAAGUUGAACAAACCUUCUCAGUUGCAAGACAGACAUGGGAUUCUUUUUGGGAAAUGAGCAUUAUGAGAGUCGGUCAGGUUUUUACAUUCAGUGUCGCUUAAGCUUGACUCUAGCAUAUUUCAUGAUAUCGCUAUUCAGCUAUAUUUCACAAGGCAGACAUUUUUGUCUCUUUACUUUCUCCCACACCCUCUGUUGUAGAGUUUUUCUCUCUGUUCCACACCAUGGCUAUAGAAUACACAGCUGUUAGAUAGACAAGUCAUUUAAUGGUGACCCUCUAUAGCUUAUUGUGAAGCUGUAUCUGAAAUAGAAAAAAGCAAUUUUUUGAGUGUAUAAUAUGGUUUCCGAGUCUGGUAUAAACAGUCGUGUGUUGUUGUUAUCAUAUGAAAGUUGCAUUUUUACUCAAGUCAGGCUUGUGUGGUUGCAUAAGUUAAUUCAGCGCUCGAUGGCUCAGUAAAGUGUGUUGAUAUGGUUUUGUCUGCUUUUCAAAUGGUAUGACUUAUUCGUUUGUGUUAGAAUCAUGAAUAAAUGUUACUUUGUCAAAACCAGUUAAAAUAAUCGGUAGGCCAAUACAAGGCUCUCACUGUACUCUACAGAUUAGUUGUAGAACUAGUUCUUCUCACUUUAUAUAUUGGAGUUCUUGCAAUGUUUAGGCAUAUUUGAAAAGGGACUGAGACCAUUGAUAAGUGAAUGUAAGCUUAUUCCUAAUUAAGGAGUGGGAUAAUUCAAUUUGUCUGUCCUAAUGUUUGCAGGCACUUUUUGUAUGGGAUAUAUACAGUACCAAUCAAAAGUUUGGACACACCUACUCAUUCCAGUUUUUUAUUUUAUUUGUACAAUUGUUUUACAUUGUAGGAUAAUAGUGAAGACAUCAACUGUGAAAUAACACAUAUGGAAUCAUGUAGUAAUCAAAUAAGUGUUAAACAAAUCAAAAUAUAUGUUAUAUUUGAGAAUCUUCAAAGUAGCCACCUUUUGCCUUGACAGCUUUGCACACUCUUGG